CAUCAACAACAUUGCACAGCUGCAAAAACGCCAUGACGCCAUCGCAAGCAGACCUGAAGGCUCUGAAGGACUUGAUCAAGUCGACUACAGCACUGCUUGCGCAAUUUCGUUCGUCCCUAAACGCUGUCGAAACUACCACGAGAAUCGAAACCCCUCCAAACCCGCUGGAAGUGCUUCGUGACUCUGCGAAACUUCUCAAGGCGCAUACAACAAAGAUCUCGCUGCUGGCCAUCAAUAAACCCUUCACACCUUCCGCAAUCUCCAAGGUUCUGCGAGAAUUGACAGGAACAUGUCUGCCCGCCAUGAUGUCUGCGGUCCAGAUCUGCGAGCAAGAGAAAUCCACGUGGGGCACAACAGUGGGCCGAGAAGUCGCUAGAAGAGUUCGGAGAGUGUUCAUGGAAGUGGAAAACCUGCUGCAGGAGCUGCAAAGUAUUGCAGAUGGUAAUGCGCAAGGAGCGACGAGUGCACGGGACAGUCUCUCCAGCACUGGUGUUGUCUGGGAGUCUUGUGAUGCGCUCAUCGAGCUACACACGCUAGGCAUCGCUGGUCUUGCUAUUCAAAAAGCAGAGCAGUUUCGCGAAACGAUCAAAGACGCUAUCUUCGAACUACAGGAGUGGAAGGAAGGCACGAACUUGGACACCGAAGGAGUGGACGAUGCGCUUCUUGACAGCGGAGACGAAGGUGUCGAUGGCGACGCGGACAGCUUCGACGACAUCUUCAAUGCAGCCAACAGCUGCCCCAAGGACAGACCGGAGCUCAAAGAGCUUGUGGACGUCGCUUGUGGCAAGAUGAAGAAGAUCGUACUGCUGUAUACUGCAUUGGACAAAAGACGGUUGAAGACUUACGGGUCCAAACCGACAGAACAGCGAAAGAAUGUUAGUGAUCUGGACGAACUCAUCGAAAGGAUGUCAGAUCUCCAAGAAGAACUCGACGAGAUUGCAGCUGGUUUCUACGAUCUCGACGAAGACGCUGUCAAGGAGAUUCUAGAGAAAUGCGUGAACGAAUCACGAGAGGUGAGCCAACUCGCGCGACUUGACUGGGCCGCAAGAGAAGACGAAUUUACGAUAUGGAGAGAUAAAUGGGAUGAGGCAAUACGUUGAUUAUCCGCAUUCACGUAGUCUACCCUACACGCGUUUCGGUAAGGACAGAAAAGAAGGGUUGGUAUGCUACAAUCCGUCGCAUUACCUCAUGCCUAUUACAAUCUAACUGCAU